UGCCAUCACAUAACCUCAUUUUUGUCCCAAAGAUUUAUCCAAAGCCAAAUAAAAAGACCGAAUGUUGUGAAAAUUGUGAUUUUCCCGGUGAAAUUGAGUGAAUGGAGAGACAGUGGAGAUAUUUUCUAGUUCUAGUAUGGAUAGGGUAUACAAUAUUCUGUGGUGUUCAUAUAUUUUCAAGUGGAUUCCUCCUGACGAGGGUGGUGCAGAAGGAACGGACAUCGUGUGUGUCCUUUCCGGAUGCUUGCCCUGCAAAUGAGACACACUGUACUUCAGGCACGAGAAUAAAUCAGUAUUUGAACAAUGUUAACUUAUCUGACAGUAUUUGUCUGCCCAAGAAGAGCAGAGUGAUUCUGCUGGUAAUAGAUGCUCUCAAAUAUGACUUUGGAAUUUAUGAUCCAGGUUUACGGAAACCGCUGGCGUAUCAGAAUCGCAUGCCUGUCUUCAGUGAGAUGCUGCAGAAGCAUCCCAGGAGGAGUAGGAUGUUGAAAUUUAUGGCUGAUCCGCCAACAACAACAAUGCAGAGACUUAAGGGAUUGACAACGGGGAGUUUGCCAACAUUUAUCGAUAUUGGGUCGAAUUUUGCAUCUCCUGAAAUUAAUGAGGAUAAUAUUAUUGAUCAAAUUGUGGGAAGGAAUAUGACAGCGGUAUUUUUGGGUGAUAGUACAUGGACUGAUUUGUUUCCUGGGAGAUUUACCAGGGAAUAUAGCUAUCCCAGUUUCAAUAUUUUCGAUUUGGAUACCGUGGACAGGCGCAUUGAGAAGCAUUUGCCGGAUGAAUUGAGGGAGAAUGAUUGGGAUUUAUUGGUGGCUCAUUUCCUCGGGGUUGAUCACUGUGGGCAUAAGCAUGGGCCAUUGCAUAGGGAAAUGAGUAGGAAAUUGGGAGAGAUGGAUGCUGUAGUGAGGAGAGUUAUUGAUGAAAUGGCCAAUGAUACGAUGUUAUUGGUAAUUGGGGAUCAUGGGAUGACAUCAAAUGGUGAUCAUGGAGGUGAUUCAGCUGAUGAAUUAACAUCCUUGAUAUUUGCUUAUGCUAAGGGCAAUGAUCUAAUAAUGAAUGGCAAUGGGAAUGAGAUGCAACAGAUUGAUUUGGUGCCAACACUUGCUGCAAUCUUUGGUAUUCCAAUUCCCUAUUCCAACUUGGGUAGUAUAAGGAUGGAUUUGUUGCCAGAAGUUGAGAAGGUACCACGUAUGGAGACCCUUUUGCUGCACAUGUGGCAAAAUGCCAAACAAAUUCAGAGAUACUUUCAGCACUAUGCCAGCACAAAUCUUGGUACCUUUCGUCCUGAUCAUAUUGAUGAUUUGGAAAAUAAAUUUCUCGUACUGUCACAUCGGGUCAAUUCAAUCUAUUCUGAAGCGGCAUUUGUGAAUUUUGCCAAAGAUCUUCAGGGUCAUUUACGUGGUGUUCUCGUAGCAUGCCAUGAAAUUUGGGUGAGAUUUGAUGCAGAAUCAAUGACAAAUGGCCUACUAAUUGCCAUACUGACUGUAUUUGGGUGCUUCCUGCUGUUUCAUAAUUUGAAAAUACGCCAACUGGAGCGUCUUUUCAGUACUUCCAUCGUAACAUUCAUCUAUGCCAGCAAUGUCAUCUGUAUUGUGAGUAUUGUGGCACUCAAGUGGAUCUCAGCUAAUACCAUCAACUCUGUUAUGCUCUACAUGGCUGCAUUUAAUAUACUGAUCCUUGGGCUCUUUAUUAUUCAACAUUGGAGCAAUAUUGUUGAAAAUUGGAAUGAAAUUGGGAAAUUUUCCAACACAAUCACAAGAAUAGUCUAUCUUGUACUCGUUAUUAUCUUCUUUUCAAAUAGUUUUAUUAUACAAGAACCAAAGAUCCUAACAUACAUCCUCACGGGAAUGCUACUUCAUGUUCUCUUUGAACUCAAACGUGCUUUCUUACCCGAUGGCAAAAGACAGAUAAAAUUACUCACAAUUUUCUCUUCAGUCCCAAUGCAACUGAUUGGAUUGGCUACAAUUGCUAUCUUUUGCCUGAGAAUUGCCCAUAUGUUUUUCCGAUGUCGCGAAGAACAUGGAAAUUGUUUGGAAUUUGUGGGAAUAGGAAAUCCAAAUGGUGGUGGUGGUGGAAAAAGUCAGGCAGUUGCAAGGAGAAAAUUGGAUUUGAUUGCUGUUGUGGCAGUUGCACUAUUUGCCACCCUUACACGAAUUUAUCUACGUAGCUGUGGCAAUUUGUCCGGAUACUCUUGGAAUACGAUUUUGGCACGAUAUGGCCCAACAUUGGCAACAAUAUGCACAAGUGGAUACUUUUUGUUGUCACCAAAGAAUGGGAAAACAUCAGGCAUACCACAGCUUCAUAUUGAUGCCAUGGCAUGGAUUGUGGGUGGAAUUUUCCUUAUGCAGAUGCUGAUACUCGUAUUUCGACCCUUAAUGAUAUAUGUGGUGCCACAGGGCAUGGUAGAUGAUACUGUGAAUACUGGACGUCUCAUACCGGAUCUAUAUCGUAGACUCAAGACAAUAUAUGGGGAAGAUCGAGAGAAUAGAGAGAGGAAUAAGAUACCUAUAAUUUGUGGCCUUGGGACAGUCUAUUCAUCAACGAUGGUGUCUUAUUUUGUCAUCUUUACCAUCCUCAUGGCUCUUUUGCUCGGUGCAAAGGCAGCCACUGGUCUCCUUGUCACCAUGCUCGUUGCAGCUGUAUUUAUCAUACUAACUGGUGUCCUGCGUUAUCAAACAGCCAAGUCUCUCGAGUCUUGUCUACAACCAACAUUUGCCACUCUGGUGGUUUGGCUUCUCCUCAUCCAUUUCACCUUCUAUACAACGUCCCAUCAAACGACACUUUCACAGAUAGACUGGCAUCCAGCAUUUGUGGGUAGAACGGCAUACCAUGAUCAUAGCAAUAUCAUCUCCGCAUCUUUAGUUAUCAUCUCAACAUUUUGCGGUGCUGUACUCCUUGGCACCAUCUUUCCUUUAGUAACACUCGCUCCAUUCUUUAUCUACUCGGCUCUGCCCAAUUUGGCGACAUAUCAUAGGGAUAUGGCGCCCGAGCGACGUCCUGAGCGCCUUAAGACAAGCAACAAUGUUGAAUAUAGAAAGGUGAACAUUUCGAGGGCGGACGAUGAGGUCACUGGGGAGGAGACAACGAUGAAUGUUGUGGAGUAUGAUAUUACAAAGGGCGAGCUCAAUUUGUUCGAGAACGAAGCACUCUUCAUUGGGGCCAUCUUCAAGAGUGCGUGCCAAUUGAUGGCUCUCCAGGGACUCAGGAUUUUCUGCUCGAUGCUGGCCUGCACAAUUCACUGUCGGCAUUUGAUGGUGUGGAAAAUAUUCGCACCCCGAUUUAUAUAUGAAGGAAUUUCCACCUAUGUUCUCCUGGGAGCAAUUCUUUUCAGCUACUUGAUGCUGAUUCGGAUUCACAGAGCCGUGGUAAAUCUCAUUGUAAAAUUCACCAAAUUUAAUUAAAAUGUAAAAGAAAUGAAACAAAAUAACCACAGAAGAAUAAACACGAAGAGUCAAGUGUGUUUGUAGAGGAAAAAGGAAAAACCAGAUGUUACAAGUUAUCCAAGAGGAGUUGGAAUGUGCGUGGAGAAAAAUGUAAGAGCCAAAUUUCGUUUUUCACUGUAUUUUUUUUUGUUUUUAUUUAUUUUUAAGGUUUAUAUAUUGUAAUGGUAUUUUGACUAACAAACAAAUUUAAACUGUUCUUAUGAUUG